AUGGCCGAAGAAGAGACACCGACGCCGAACAUACGACCGGAGUUUCCACUCGGAAGGGUCAAGAAGAUUAUGAAACUCGACAAGGACAUCAACAAGCUCAAUUCGGAGGCUCUUUUCCUCGUCACCUACUCCACCGAGCUCUUCCUCCGCUUCCUCGCCGAGAAAUCCGCGUUAGUGACGGUCGAGAAGAAGCGGAAAACUGUUAAUCUCGAUCACCUGAGAACCGCCGUGAAGAGGCACCAACCUACGAGCGAUUUCCUCCUCGACUCGCUCCCUCUCCCUGCUCAGACCGUCCGACCGGUAAAGACGGCUCCGGAGAAGCCGCCACCGAUUGGGACCCGUCGCAUCGACCAUUUCUUCAGCAAGGGGAAGGCGCCGCAAAACUAA